CAUGGUGACUGGCUGCCGCGGGGCGUGGGUAGCAAUGGCGGCUUGGUUCGCUUUCUCCAUCGCGACUGCGACUGUAUUCCUCCUGUUGGUCCUCUCUCGAGUUUCACAGGCUCAGGUCUUCUUCUUCCCCUUCCGGCAGCCGGAGACGUGUGGCCACAACGAGUACUUCGAUAUCUCCGCGCUCUCCUGUGUCCCGUGUGGGGCCAACCAGAGGCAGGAUGCCCGAGGAACUUCAUGUGUGUGUCUACCAGGAUUUCAGAUGAUCUCUAAUAAUGGAGGACCUAAUAUCAUUUGUAAAAAGUGCCCAGAAAACAUGAAAGGUGUUACUGAAGAUGGCUGGAACUGUAUUUCUUGCCCUGCUGGUUUAACUGCAGAAGGAAAAUGCCACUGUCCCACUGGCCAUAUUUUAGUGGAAAGAGAUGUUAAUGGAACCUUGUUGUCUCAAGCAACUUGUAAACUCUGUGAUGGAAGUGAAAACUCUUUUAUGGUAGCAAAUGCUUUAGGAAACAGGUGUGUCCGAUGUGAACCAACAUUCAUUAAUACCAGCAGGUCCUGUACAUGUUCUGAACCUAACAUUUUAACAGGGGGAUUAUGUUUCAGCAGCACAGGGAAUUUUCCUCCACGUAUGACUUCAGCUGCACGCUACGGAGAGCUUGGCGUGUCUUUAACCUCAGAAUGGUUUGCAAAGUAUUUGCAGUCAUCAGCAGCUGCUUGUUGGGUUUAUGCCAACCUAACAUCUUGCCAAGCUCUCGGAAAUAUGUGUGUGAUGAACAUGAAUUCUUACGAGUCUUCCACUUUUGAUGCGUGUCGACUGUUUCAGUUUAUCUUUGAAAACACUGCUGGACUGCGCACUGUUCAUUCUUUUUCAUUUUGGAGACAGAAUCUUCCAUGGCUGUUCUAUGGAGACCAGCUGGGAUUAGCACCUCAAGUACUCAGUACUACACCUCUUCCUACAAAUUUCAGUUUUAAAGGGCAAAACCAGAACACAAAACUGAAGUUUGUUGCUGCCUCCUAUGAUGUAAGAGGAAACUUUCUCAAGUGGCAAACUUUAGAAGGAGGUGUUUUGCAGCUUUGUCCCGACACAGAGACCAGACUCAAUGCUGCGUAUUCUUUUGGAACAACCUAUCAACAGAGUUGUGAGAUUCCUGUCUCUAAGCUCUUAACUGACUUUCCCACCCCUAUAUUUUAUGAUGUGUACCUUGAAUAUACUGAUGAAAAUCAGCACCGAUAUAUUUGGGCCGUGCCUGUGUUAAACUUAAACCUUCAGCACAAUAAAAUAUUUGUGAACCAAGACAGUAGCUCUGGCAAGUGGCUUCUGACUCGGCGCAUUUUCUUGGUGGACACACUAAGUGGACGAGAAAAUGACUUAGAAAGUCAGCCAAGAUUAGUUCGAGUUGCUACCCAAAUAUCACUGAGCAUCCACCUUGUACCCAACACAAAGAAUGGAAACAUCUACCCUCCCCUAAUUACCAUUGCCUAUAGUGACGUUGACGUCAGAGACCCCACCAGCCAGUCUGUGGAGGUUUCUUUCUCAGUCAGAUAUGAAAUGGAUCAAGGUGAAGCACACGUCCAGACAGAUAUUGCUUUGGGUGUGUUGGGUGGACUAGCGGUUUUAUCGUCUCUUUUGAAGACAGCGGGUUGGAAGAGGCGCGUUGGCAGUCCCAUGAUUGAUUUGCAGACAGUUGUGAAGUUCUUGGUGUACUAUGCUGGCGACCUGGCCAAUGUUUUCUUUAUCAUCACCGUGGGGACGGGUCUUUACUGGCUUAUUUUCUUCAAAGCACAGAAGUCUGUCUCUGUUUUGCUACCAGUGCCGGCCCAGGAAGAACGUUUUGUUACUUUUGUGGGAUGUGCUUUUGCUCUGAAGGCUCUGCAAUUUUUGCAUAAGCUCAUCUCCCAGAUUACCAUAGACAUAUUCUUUAUCGAUUGGGAGCGGCCCAAAGGAAAGGUUCUUAAAGCUGUUGAAGGUGAGGGUGGCGUCCGGAAUGCUACCGUUCCCGUCAGCAUAUGGAGAACAUAUUUUGUAGCAAAUGAAUGGAACGAAAUUCAGACUGUGAGAAAGAUUAACCCACUCUUUCAAGUACUUACUGUCCUCUUCUUUUUGGAGGUUGUGGGAUUCAAGAACUUAGCAUUAAUGGACUCAUCCUCCAGUCUCUCCAGAAGCCAGUCUAGCUACAUAGCCCCUUACAGCCGUAUUCUGAGAUACGCGGUGUCUGCUGCUGCAUGGCUAGUCAUUGCCCUUAUGCAGAUCGUGUUCUUUGUUGUCUUUUAUGAGAGAUUUAUAGAAGAUAAAAUUCGACAGUUUGUUGAUUUAUGCUGCAUGAGUAAUAUAUCAGUGUUUCUGUUAUCCCACAAAUGUUUUGGGUAUUACAUCCAUGGUAGAUCAGUACACGGGCACGCCGACACUAAUAUGGAAGAAAUGAAUAUGAAUCUUAAGAGAGAAGCGGAAAAUCUGUGUAGCCAGAGAGGUUUGGUACCCAAUACAGAUGGUCAGACUUUUCAGAUUGCAGUUUCUAGCCAGAUGAGACAACACUAUGACAGAAUUCAUGAGACACUAACAAGGAGAAAUGGCCCUGCUAGGCUGUUGAGUUCACCAGCAAGUACUUUUGAGCAGAGUAUAAAAGCAUAUCAUACUAUGAAUAAAUUUCUUGCCUCUUUCAUCGAUCAUGUUCAUAAGGAAAUGGACUACUUUAUAAAAGAUAAAUUGCUUCUUGAAAGAAUUCUUGGAAUGGAAUUCAUGGAACCAAUGGAAAAAAGCAUCUUUUACAAUGAUGAAGGCUAUUCUUUCAGCAGUGUUCUGUAUUAUGGAAAUGAAGCCACUCUUCUUAUUUAUGAUCUGCUGUUCUUCUGUGUUGUGGAUUUGGCUUGCCAAAAUUUUAUUUUAGCAGCCUGCCUUACAUACCUACAACAAGAGAUUUUUAGAUUUAUCCGUAAUACAGUAGGACAGAAGAAUUUGGCAUCCAAAACAUUGGUGGAUCAGAGAUUUCUGAUUUAAUUUAUUGACUAGAUAAAGACUCAAUUAUAAUCAUGGCAAAAAAAGUCAUGAUUAUCAGAUUAGUUUGCCAUAUUUUUUAAAAUUUUGUAAUACAAAUUAUUCUAUUUUUGUUUUUUAAUCUACAGAAAGAUUUAUUUUUAUAACUUGUGGAUAUGUAACUUGCUUUGUGGCUGUGUAAUGUGAUAUAAUGGAAAACAUGAAUGUUGCUUUCAGCAAAACACUUUUUUAAUGAUAAUCAAAACAAUACCCAUCAUUUGUCUCUGUAGAUUAUUUCAUAAACAAGGUUUGCCUACAUUUUCUCAAUUGAAAAAAAUUUUUGAUUCCAACUUUGAGCCUAGUUUUCAAUUCAGUAUUUUCUUGUUUUAUGUAUUUUAUAGUUAAAUAAAUGUUGAAGGUAUUUUCAAGUUUACUUAGCAAUUUGAAAUUGUAUUUGGGCCAGCUCACUUUGUCUCAUUCUAGCUGCUCACCCUGCUUGGCAGUAGACUGUCCUGUUAGAUUAAGAGGCAUCCCGUGCAGUGGUGCAUGUCCAUUCCUUUGUGUGCCCGUAUUAUCAGGCCAAUACACUCUUCCGUGAAGUACAUUCAUGUCUCUGAUAUCAUUUACAUUUAUUAAACUGUAAUGUGUGACAUUUUCCCCAAUAUAAUUUUCAAUAUACCUUUUUAUUACUUAACAUUUUUAGAGCACUCCCAAAGUUUUGCUCUUCAAUUAUGUUUAGACUUUAUAAAAAAUAAACUGUAAAAUAUCAUGUUAUGCUAACAAGGUUUAUUGAAAGCAAAUUUAGGCUUCAUAGUUAGUAAAUAGGCUUGUAUUUUUUUUUUAAUAAGGAAGAAAUAUUAGGAGUCAAAAUAUAAUUAAUGUAAAUCCUGAGCCAUGUGGCUAACAAUUUUUUAUGAAAUUCUUUUUCUUCAAUAUACUCUUUAAUAAUCCCUUUUGUUGUGUACCAUGAACUUGAAAGUCACCUUGUUUCAAGUGUAAUGGUCAUUAACCCCCAAACCUACAUUUCUUACUUUCUUCUAUGUUAAUGCUGUAUAAAUACCUCAAUGUAAUUCUAUGUAGAUAUUGUUUAUAUUUCUGAAUUGAAAAUAUGGAAUAAAACACUUGAUGUUUCUCUUUCCUGUUGGAUUAAUGUUUAUUUCAUAAAAUAACAUUUAGGAAAAUAACACUGCUGGGGCCAGGUUCCCCAGCCAUUGUCAGAGUUGACUCCUUUACAUUUCCCUGAAUCUUGAGGAUGGCUGAGGAGGAGGAGGGAAGGCUAAUAUGUCCAUUACUUGAAACUCCAGUUUCUUAAGGGUCCCAGGACAGAAAUGCCUUUAUAAAUGUAAGCCGCAGAGGUAAGUAAGUGUACCAGGGGGGUUUUUAAACCACCUAUUCAGAAGCUUAUGAAAGAAAUACAGCUCUCUUACCACGUAUGAGAUGUUAAUAUUUAUGUGAAUGUUUUUAAGUGGAAAUUUUUUAAAUAGGGUCAGGUUGCUCACCUGCUGAUAAAUUAAGACAGAGAAAAGACGUUUGAAAAAACCAUUUUAAACUAGGCUUGUACAUUAUUUUUAUUUUGGUUAGGUUCAUAAAAAUGUUUUCAAGUUUUCAUACGCUGUUGACUCCUAUGUUUAUACCGCCACAAAUUAAACUUUGUGAUCAGGUACCUAAUUUUCUACUGGACCCAUAAUCUUUUGUCCAUUUCUGUAAGACUGACUCAUUGUACUUUGUAUCUUAUGUCCCUAAUUUUACCUAGAAACAUUUGAUAAAUGUUUCAUCAUUUCAUAAUGAAACCACUCUAGGUUUACCUAGAAGUCCUUUAUAAUAUUUAUAAGAAGUUCUUUACAAUAUUGGCAAGAAAAGGUGAGGGGAAAUAAAUGUAAGUUGAAGAGCAGUAAGUAAGGGCCUAAUGGAAAGUGCUCCAAAUUUAGUAACAGAAGCCAUAGAUUUGAAUUAGAAUUUUACCUUUUUCACUUACUAGCUUUGGGACUUUUCACCAAGUCAUUUGGCAUCUCUGAGCUUCAUUCCACAUCCUUACAAUGGAAAUAAUACCCUUUGUUUACCACUCGUUGUAAGGAUUAAUUCAUUAAGAAGAUAGACUUACAAUAGUGAGUAAACUUUGAACAUUGGAAUUUUUAUAUAUUUUAGUUGGAAAUAUGUGCCUUCAAAUGUAUUUUCUAUUUUGCUAAUUCAUUUCCUGAUAUUAACACUGAGAUUACUGAUUUCAAUCACUGACCGAUGAAAACCCUGGGCCUUCCUCCUGCCUCAGCCACCCCAGCCUCACACAAGGAAGAACUCUCGGUAGAUGUCACAGCCUUCAGUGAAAGAAGGAGCUGUGACACGAUGUUGUGUAUGUGGUUCAUGGUACAGAUGAGGAAAAAAGGAGUCAAGAGUGGAAUGUUGUCUCCGGAAGGCAUAAAGAGGCAGAACAGAAUUGGAGCUAAGAGCAAAGGCUUUGAAUUCUGAGACCUGGAUCUGAAUUCCCCGCUUCUCUGUUUCCUUUGUGUGUGAUCGAAAGCAGACUCUUCAGCAUCUGUAAGCCUGCUCUUCAUUUGUAAAACUCGAUGAUGACUGUUCCCAGAGGAUCUUUGUUCAGAUAGAAGGAAAUUACAGACAUAAAGUUGCUGGCACGGUGCCUGGAACAGGAAACUGCACAGUGAAUGCACCUCGCUGAGACUGAGUUCUUGUUUUGACAGCCACAGAGCAAGCUGGUGUGGCAUGUCCACUUACUUGAAUGCUUCUGUGUACACCUGAGGUGACUGGCUGCAGAUGCGAGAACAUGACCCGGCCAAAUGACUGUGCUCCGGGGAGAGUCACGGCUUCCACUGACCAACAAGCUCAAGAUGGAACACUGGGAUGAGGUUGUUAACGCAAGUUAAGGCCACUUUAACUGAGUACCCAGAAUAAAGGAGGAAGUAGCCCUACUGUGAGCCACUCAUAUCCUAUUCAUAGAAUGGUGUCCGGUUCUGAAGUUACCUGGUUCCUAGGAUCCUUGACAAAUUGGAUUUCAUUUGGAGGGUGAUGAUCAGGAUGAUGAAGGAUCUAGAGAUGCCCCAGGAUGCAUAACAGAAGGAACUGAAAAAAGAUAAAUCAGGACCAUAGUGGCUUUCUUCAAACAUUUAUCCCAUGGAAGGUGAAGUUAACACCCAUAAAACUCCCAACCACUGAGCUAGAAUCAGUGAAAGGAAGCUAUGAAACAGUGGAUUUCAGCUCAAGAGAGGGAAGAGCUUUCGUAUAAUUUUAGAGCUGCCUGAAUAAUCGUGGCUCCCCGUCAGUCGGGUCUUCCUACACAUACGCCUUACGGCAGCAGUCUGGGAUGCAGAUGGGGCGACCUGCCUUCGAAAAAGCACAGACCACAUGGAUUCCAGGGUCCUUCCCAAGUCUGCCACUUGGGUGCACACACACAGCCUUCCAGACAAAAUCACUGCAUCGACUAUGUUCCUCAAGGAACUUCUGAUUAACUGACUGCCAGCAGUAGUGCUUAAUUCAGGGACAUUUAACAAGAGAAAAGAAGGCAGUAGCUCAAACUUUCUUUAAUAACCCCUUCAAGGCUCAUACUCACCAUCCCAUAAAACUACAUAUAAGGGCCAAGAAGGCAAACACAACAUUAUUAACUGUUUAAUUUUUAUUAUAACGAACAUAAUUCAUGUCAAACUGGUUACACUGGUUGUUUUUUCACAGCCAUAAACUUAAUAGCAUAUUGGAGUCGCUUAUAAAAUUAUGUGUAUAUUACAUUUGUGCCUGUUCGAAAGAACUCAAGAAAAAUAUUAGAGUUUUAAGUGAUUAUGUAAGUUCAUCCGUAUCUUUGCCUUCCUGACACGUGGUUGGCUGUAUUUAUGGGUUAUGCAAUGCCGACUUCUUGGUCAGGAUGCUACUCUGCUAUAACAAUUUCCCUAGGGGGGGAAGAGGCUCUGUUCUGUGGCAGUCCACCUGAUGAGGCCGCUUCCGGGAACGCACGCAUUCUGCUCCAGAACAGGCCUUGGGCAGAUGGUUCUUUUUCCUUUAGGGACUGGGCCCCGUGUCCCUGCUGGACAGGACCAGCUCUCUCCCUCAAGCCUUCCCUCAACAUCAUGACAAUUCCUUUUCUCUUCUGUAUGUACCUUCUCACUAAGCACCUCAGCUCACUUCCCGAGGACUCGCGCUGCAGAACCUCAGAUUCUGUCCGCCCCCACCCGGUCCCCCAAGCAGCAGGGCCUCUUCUCCCUGCGACCCCCUGGGCGCGGGCUGGUGGGCUCCCCAGUCCCACUAAGGGUUUCCACGAGAAAUGCAAUCACACCAAGAUCUCUGUGAGGUUUUCUUUUUUUUAAAUCUUCUGAAGAUUCAGGGGACCCCAAGUCAUGACACAGCACCCAACAUCUCCCCUCUCAAUUUGUCUCUGUCCUUUUUCCUCUCUUCCUCCCCUCACCUGUCUCCCAGAGUCACCCAGGAGCUCCUUGUGGAAGAAAAAGACAAAAAAAAAAAAAAAAAAAAAAACCCA